AUGGCGGAUCCCUUGUCGACAGCAGGCAGUGUUGUUGGGAUCAUUUCCCUCGGGAUUCAGGUCGUGCAGUCAAUCUACCAGUACUACAGUGCCGCGAAAGACCAGCACUCCGACAUUGCUCGCACCCUGCGGAAACUCGAAGAUCUACAAUCCUUGUUCGAAAGAUUGAACACCCAUCUCAGCGAUCGAAAAUUUCGAUCCAGUGAGGCGGCUUUGCUUCAAAACAUUGAGUCCACGAUCCAACACUGCGAGGAGUCCAUCGACGAGUUGGAACAAGAAGCGAGGAAGUUUGAGAAGAAACCGACCGACGGUGCUCGAGCUGCAAUUAAAGGUGUCGUUCGUCGCUUGGCAUACCCGUUUAGAGAAAGCACUCUCCUGAAGCUGCACGAAGACAUUGACUAUCUCAUCAGUCAACUGUCUCUAGCCUUAUCGCUACUGCAGCAGCAGACCAUCGAUCUCGUACAAGAUGAAAUCGAGAAUACCAAUGCCAUACUCAACUUAAUCCGAACCUCACAAGUCUCCUCCGAGAUCCGAACUUGGCUCAAUGCUCCUGACGCGACCUUCAACUUUACUGAAGCAUGUUCGAAGAAACACCCAGGAACUGGUGCUUGGUUCGUCAACGGGCCUGAAUUCACUCGCUGGUUGGAGGGGUCAAACUCGUUUCUUUGGCUGAAGGGCUUUGCCGGCUGCGGAAAGACUGUUCUGAGUUCGACGGUCAUACAGCACACCCUCCACGAGAGCCCUCGGGAAACUAGUCGAUUCGGUCUCUUGGAAACAUUGAAAGAGAUUCGGGAUUGGUCAGAGCUGGGAGUACAUCUUUUGGUGACCAGCCGAGAUGAAGUAGAUAUUCGCGAAGGAAUAGAUAUCGAAGAUCAAGCGACCAUCUUGAUGAAGCACCAAGGGAUAGAUGAUGAUAUUGCGAGCUAUGUCUCGCAAUUUCUCCGACAGCGUCUUAAGCGUUUGAACGAGCACCAUUCCCUGAUUGAAAAGGUCUUGACCGAGAAGGCACAUGGCGUGAGCAAGCAGGCUCUCGAUCGACGACUUCAAUCAUUACCUCCAACGUUGGAUGAGACCUACAAAAGAAUGCUGGAGAAUGUUCCCGACAAAGACUACGCCAAGCAGAUGCUCACGAUUCUCUGUUGCGCAUCAAAACCAUUGACUGUGCAGGAGCUAAUCAACGCUUUGGCAAUCGAAAUCGGUGCCACGUCCUUCUUGAACCCAGAUCGGCAAUUGCCAGAUGCAGACUCUCUUCUCGAAAUCUGCCCGGGUUUCACAGAAGUAGCCAUAGAACCUUACACGAGACUGGCUGUCAUUCGAAUUGCCCACUUCUCUAUGUUCGGACGUGUAGAGACUGUGGAAAAGUAUCCUUUUGCGGAAUAUGCUGCCAAGGAGUGGGUGAACCACUGGAGGAAGGGCAUUGGGAUUUGCGCCGCAUUAUACGAUAACCACAGCCACUGCAACCUUGAAGUAUCCCACGAUAGCCUCGCUCUACGGCUUCAAGAUCAGAUGCUACUACUUUUCAGAGACAAGAAAGGGGCAAUGAAGAAUUGGUAUAAACUAUGGCACCUCGAUUCUCACGGGGCUGGAGAAGGCGAUGAGAUGCCACCUCCACUUUACUAUGCAUCCCUUGUCGGUGCUCUAUUUCUGGUAGAGAACCUCCUCGAAGACUUGGAAAGACAACCUUCAGCUCAUGGCCAGACAGAAGUCAUCAAGUUACUGCUCGAGCGCGGCGCGGAGGUCAACGCAGUUUGGUCUGCUUUGAUGGCAGCGGGGGGCGAAGCUACUAGCAUCCUUCUGAAAGCUUUUGACGGCACCAAGGUCACUACAAGUCCUGAGAUGUUCGAGCUUUAUAUGGAAACAGCGGUAAAAUUUGGGAAUAUAGACGCUGCCCAGAAGUACUUGGACGAAUGGAUCUUGUGCGGAAGACCUGGCUUUUCUCCCGGGAAAUCACUUAAAGCAGCGUCAGCCAGUGGACAUCACAGCAUCGCUCAGCAACUCCUCUGUUCGGGAGCUGAGAUGGCCGGCUCUGCUCGAGUCCGCCAGAUAUCAUUGCUCAGAGACACGAUAGGACCGGCGCUCCAAGAGGCAUCCGGACAUGGACACCUUGAAGUCGUCGAACUUCUCCUAGAAUUUGGAACCGAUAAAGGGAUUCCCUUAUGUGGCAUAGACUUGAGGUAUGCACUGCAGAGAGCAGCAGCCGGAGGACACGAAGAGAUAGCGCGGCCGCUUCUUGACAUCGGCGCUGACCCCAACACCCUGGAUGGGACUCAAAUGCCAGCACUGUAUGCAGCGUCAUUGGUCGGAAGCAAGGAGAUUGUUCAGCUUCUUGUAGACGCAGGUGCGGACAUUCACGGCCGAUUUCGGGGGUGUGUGUUCGAAUCUGUGUUGUCUGCAGCGUGUAAUGGCGGCAACAUGGGAGUAGUGGAGAUGUUGAUGGCUCGAGGCGCGUCUUUCCUGAAUAGAAAGGCUGUGUCUAUAAAAGUACGGAGUGGAAUGGAGGGGUUUGCGGAUGAUCGUUGGGAUCUUUGGGACCAGAUAGUUUCCAACUCCCACGAGUUUGAAGCUCGGAAUCUGCUCUUACUUGUGAAGCAAGGAGACAUCCAAAAAUUGGAAAUCUGGCUUAAGAAAGAGGAUUUGGACGUCUCCCUGGACCCUCUCUCCUCGGCUUCGAUUGGAGGCCACAUGGACAUUGUUCAGAAAUUUCUCGGAAGUUUGACCGUGGGAAAUGUCAAAAACCGAGUUCCGAGAUUACGGACCGCACUUUCAGCGGCAGUGGUAGGCAAGCACAUUGAGGUUGUCAAGUCAAUCCUCGGCUUCGAUAGCAGAAUAUCCUUGCGAGAACUCGAUCUGAGAAGAGCAAGAUACUUGGCGUUACUGGUGGGAAACCCUAUAUUUGCAUAUCUUUGGCCUGAGAUGGACUACCAUGAAAUUGUACAGGUUUUGGCGGAAAGACUUGAUGGCUCGUUUCAAGAUGACGAUCUUGAACUGAGUCAGCUCUUCGCACAAGACGACGGCUAA